GAUAUGCAGCUGCAUAUAAAUUAUUUCAUUGUAUUUUUUACAAAGCAUACUUUAAAAUGACUAAAAUUAUAAGAUUAUUUGUGGGAUUUAUGUUACUAUGUUUUAUAGUGGAUUACCAAAACGGACUUGCACAAGGUUGUCACGCCGGUCAUCAAAAGAAAGAUAAAGACGAUGAUGAUGACGACGACGAUGACGAAGGACUUAUUAUAGUUGAUGAAACAAAUGCUACAUUGGUCGAGGAUGAAGACGUUCGAUCGUUGGUACGAUCAAAACGACAACUUGGCGAAGAUUAUGACGGAGAAUUCCCGAUAUUACGAGCAUACUUCCGAGAUUGUAUGUUUGACAAAGUUGAAGAGCCGUGGGAGUGGAAGAGUGUUAUCGACUUUACAAUAUUGAAAACACUGUGGUUUUUGUACUCAGGAGCAGUUGCAUGUUCAGAGGAAAAUAACAAAGACGACACCACUUGUUGGAAAGAUUGUCUCGAUGUAUAUUUACGAAACACAUCUUCAAUGCUAGAUGCAGCCAAAGCCUGUGUCGAUGAAUAUCAAUCUGAUUUUCUUAUUGGAAAAAAAACAUACACUAUUAAGCGACCUGCGAAAACAAAAGUAACGCCCAGACCUCCAUCAGACAACUAUGAAAGAUGUGUUCAAAUAGAAUUUGACGAUGCUGACCCAGCUGAACUUUUACAAGAAGUUGGAAUAUUGUCCGUUCCUACUGAUGCUGAUUUGAAUGUCGAAACAAUUGUCAGAUUUAUCAAAGGACAUGUGCAAUGCGUUAUCUGCGACUAUUCUACUUUACCAAGUGGACAACGGAAACCAGAUUUUAAGGAGAAUAUAGACAUUGGGGAACCUAAAGAAUUACCGGAUGGAAGUGUGACGUAUGUUGUAACUUGGCCUUUUGCAUUUGAAGCAUUGGUACGACGAGAUGCAAAAUUACGAAGAGCUAUUAGCUUUUGCAAUGGGGAAUUGGAGAAGACGUUCAGAAAAAAACCUCCGCGUACUGCUGAAUGGACCCAAUGGUUUACAUGGGGGACUUGUAACGCAUUGUGCGGAAAGCCAGGUAUUCAACGAAGACUCAGAGUCUGUCUUGAUGAAAACGGCCAGGGCUGUCCCGGAAAUAAGUUUGACCGACGGACCUGCUACAAUAGAAAUUGUGCAUAUUGGACAAAUUGGGGUCCCUACACUCCAUGUAUGUCAACCUGUGACUUGUCGGAACAAUAUUCGUUCAGAUAUUGUAAAAAGGGACAACCAGGAGCGGAGGGAUGUCAAGGAUCUAGAAUAAGAAGCAGAAGUUGCGCUGUUGGAUCUUGCGAAGUGCCUUGGAGCCAAUGGACAGAAUGUUCAGUAUCAUGUGGUUCAGGGUUUCAACAGCGCACUGGGGGGGAUUCUUUAAUGAAGCUAAGGACCGAAAAACGAUCCUGUUCUCGAGGUAGAUGCCCUGAUAAAUGGACGCCGUGGACGCCUUGGAGUCCAUGCACAAAAACCUGUGGGGAUGGUGGACAACACGUACGAGCCAGGAUAUGCUUAACCAGAGCAUGUUCUGAACCAGCCAGAGAAUCUGUUCCAUGUUCAAGUCGUCCAUGUAAAGCGCAGUGGGGUGAAUGGGCACCUUGGUCGAGCUGUGUGUAUAAAAGGCGGUCUCGAAUUUGCGUUGGAGGUAACACAUGUGUUGGCGAAAGGGAAGAUUAUAAUCGGUGUCCUGCAAGUGAAUCCAAAUCGACGCAGAAACCUUAUCCUGUUGGCUGGUCAGAUUGGACAAGUUGGACUCAAUGUAACGCCAGCUGUGAUCGCACGGGAUAUAAACGACGGUCAAGGAUAUGUCUCGGAGGUCGAUUAUCAGAGUGUCCUGGACAAAAAUCAAAUGUUAUUCAGUGUUCAAAUGGUCCUUGUACUUAUUCUGCAAAACGUCCGGUUAAAUGCAAAGACGAGUUAGGUAUUUUCUGCACUGAAAGACAUAUUUCGUGUUAUGGUAACACUGGCAGAAAAAAAUGUAAAAAGACCUGCGGAUAUUGCUGAAUUAGACUGAAACCUUCGUGGGGAAUUAAUAUACCAGAGCGAAGCGCUUUACACCGAGGGGAAAAGUGGAAUAAAAUGCAAAAACCUUCACAAAUAUUUCAAUUUCUGAAGACAUUUAAGCAAUGAGCAAUUAUUUAGACAAUUUUGGGACUACCUACAACGGAAAUGUCUUCAAAAAGGCCUUACAAGCUCAUUUUAUAUCUCUCGCUCGAGUUAAGAUCCAAAAAAUGCUUUGAGCUACUCCAAUAAUUAUAGCACUUCAAUGGGAUAAUAAAUCAAAUACAGAUACACCAUGAAAUUCCCAAAAAUAAAUAAAACUGUUGUUGUUGCGGUUGUAAACUGAAACAUAUUUCGGAGAAACAAAUCAAGUUACAGUAUUAUUUUUUCUUAUGAAAAAGAACUACUUAAAAAAACAUUCGCUGUCCUUGUUUCAAACUAUUGAAUUAAUGCAACAAAGUAAGAGAAUUGCAGAUUAUCAAAUGAUUUAUCGAUUUCUUAAACUUUCGUUGAAAUAGUAAAUUAUAUAUACUUGACAAAUAUUCAUUCCAUCAAAAGCUUGCAAAUCUUGUAUAAUGAUGAAGAGAAACUACCCUGACAUUGCCAUAAGCUCCUUGACUGACGAAGCUAGACUAUUUCCUAGCGAAAGCGAACUUUAACACUAUUUAUUCCAACGAGACGCGUUUCUUAUGUUGCCACUAUCAUUCAAUUUCUUUGUUUGAGUAUCAUUUCAUACAGGUCACAAAUGGAUCCGCAAUAAAAGUAGAACUCUACACAUAUACUUGUAACACGAAUAUGUAACCAAUCAUCCAUGACAAUCAAUUUCACAGAUUAUUCAAAUAUUUAGCCCCACACUUGAACCUAUGUUCAAUUCGUGAUAUAGUGAUCAAAUGUUGAAUGUACUUUUACCAAUUUAUAUCAAUGUGGCCGCAUUCAUUCGAGAUUCUUCAUAGUUGUCAAGAUGCCAAAUAAUUUUAUAAUAUUUGUAUUUUUUAACCAUACGAGCGAUUAUUUUUCAUUUAUAUAGAGGGUUUAUUUCUUAUAUCUUAUACUACAACGAACAAAGAAAGAGAAAAAGCGUAAUUUGAGACUCUGCUUGCAAAAUCGAAAAAUAUCAUCACGUUAUUUCUCGAAAGUCUUUCGACCGCCUUGAAGUAAAGAAUGUUUUUUCUUUCCCUCAAUUUAUUUUAUUACUUUAUCUGGUACACUAUGUAGUUUAUUUGGAUGCUUUGUGUCUGCUCAAUUAUAAGUGUUAUAUUUGCUUAGCUUACUUAGCAUUAAUAUAGACAAUAUAAAAUACAUUUUAAAAUCAGAA